AUUUUCCUAUUUUUAUAUGAAUAAACAAAAUCUGUCAAUGGCCAUGCAUGUAACUAUUUCGUUAAAGUUGGGCAGUAAAAUGUUUAAUAUUUGUCUGUGAUAUCGGGUCAUUCAGGAUAGAUAUGUAAAUGAAUGUGAUUUGGUUCUGAGUACAAACAGUUCUGUAUUGGAUAGUCUACAACAAAUAACCAUGGGGAACUUUGGUGGUCAUGCUCUCCCAGGAUCGUUCUUUAUUGUGUUUGCUCUCUGGUGGUCCAUCCAGAUGUUCCAUCGCUAUUACAAGGCAAAGAAGAGAAAUUCCAAAUUCACCUCGUCGGUUAUAUUUAAAUGUUCUUGCCUGUGUGGAAAAUUGAAGAAUUUGCCAGUUGAAGCUUACUUAAAGCUGAUAUUGGUAUCAGUAGGCUUUUCUCUUGAAAUUUACACGGGAUUUUCCAAAGAGUGGCAUUUUGUUAAUCUAGGAAAUGGGCAACAUGCGACUAUGUAUUUAUUCUUUGGAUUCACAGGUGUUGUAGAUAUAUUGAUGUAUUAUAAAUGUCCGUUACCUCCAAAAAUGGACUAUAUUGCAAUGAUUAUGGCAGUAACCUGUGAAUUCGUACUUUUUAAAUUCCAUCUAUACGGACGGACAGAUUUAGAUGUUCUUCUACACACACUGUUGAUAUAUGCAGUUGUAGGGUCAAUUAUUGCUGUUGUUCUUGAAAUGAAGUAUAGAAACAGUUUACCAUGUGCUCUUGCGCGAUCAUAUAUGACACUUUUACAGGGUACCUGGUUUUGGCAGGUGGGUUGGAUAUUAUAUCCGCCGUUUAAGAGUUCAUUUCAUUGGGAUGAGGAAGAUCAUGACCAAAUGAUGAUAGCGGCUAUGAUAUUUGCGUGGCAUGCGGCUAUAGACAUGCUUGUCGUUCUCGGAAUUGGUGGUAUUGUAGCAGCAUUUCAUCGUAAAUUUGGCUCAUAUAUGGAAGAGGAAGGGAUAGAAGCGAAACGCCUUAUACACACUUCAAAUAAUGGUGACACAGUUGUACAAUUGGACGAUGAUGUCAGUGAGAGUGAUAUAGAGUUUGAAAAGUCGACUGGAAGUUAAUUGAACUAAAACCACACUAGGAAUUGGCUUCGCCUUAGCUAGAACUGAAUCAUAUAAGAUUUACAUGACUUUAUGUCUGAUUAUCCAAAACAUGAAAACAGUAAACACUUGGUAAAUUAAUUUUAGUGAGAAACCUUAACUAAAUGUGAGAUCCAUUUCACAUACCGUUUGGGUCUACAGGUGACAAACUUUGCAAGACGAUUGCCAGUUGUCAACAGAUGACCCCUAGAGUUUGGAGAUCAGUAGGUAAAAGUCACAUGACUUUUGAGACUAAAAUGAUUCCGCUCAUUGACUUGAGAACAAUUAGACCUGCAAUGGUUGUAAUAUGAUUGGUCAAAUAGUUUGGAAGUUAGUAGGUCAGAGGUGAAGAUCACUUGUCUAACAAAUGAAGAAGUAAUUAAACUUAGUAAGAUAAUUGUC